UUUCAGAUAUUAACAAAUCAGAAAAUGGACACUGAAAACAUCGCCGACGCCUCUGAUAUUCGUGUGAAGGAUGCUUCAGGAGAUUCAGAUGAAAAAGGAAACGGGACUACUACAGAAGAAGAGACUGUCGAGCAGAAAGAGAAGCGUCUCGCCGAGUUGCUUGCAGCUGGACGCCGUGCGUUGAAAGUUAACGAUAUCGACAAAGCAUCGGAUUCGUUGAGUGAGGCUACUGAACUGAGCUCCGAAAUUUAUGGAGAAAACCAUGAAAACACGUUCGAUUCUCUUUACUAUUAUGGCAUGGCCACACUGGAAUUGGCGAAGGAGGAGAGCCAACUUCUGAAAGGUCCAGGUGAGAAGGAAAGCGGAGAUGAGGAGCAAGCUGGAAAUUCUGAUGACAAGACUGACGAAGAGAAUGGAGAAACGGAGAAGGAGGACGGAGAGGAAUCCGGUGAAGAAGAGGACGAUGAUGAUGAUACCAUGAAAUUAUCAUGGGAAAUUCUUGAGACAGCUCGUUGUAUUGCCGCUGCCAAAAUCGAAGCUCUAGAAGCUGAGCAGAGUGGAAUCAGUGCCAUUGAGGAAUGGAACCUGAAACUCGCUGAUGUACUGGUUCUCCUCGGCGAGCACGGAAUAUCAGAUGGAAAGUAUACUCAGGCUUUUGAGGACUUGGAUCGUGCCCUCAACAUUCAGCGCAAUGUUCUUCCACCGUCGUCGAGAAAAAUCGCCCAAACCUACAUUCUCAUCGGAAACGCGUGUGCUAGCGAUGCGAAUUACGAUGAAACCGUUCAGUACUUCGGCAAAACCAAGGACGUACUCAUCGCCAGGCAGACUGAGUUGAAGCAUGAGCUGGAAAGAGGUGUUGAUGAUAAGGAAAAGAAGUCUGAAUUUGAGAAUGAGCUGAAGGAGCUUGAAGAGAUGAUGCCAGGCGUUGAAGAAAUGAUUGCUGAUGCUGUGCACUCUGCAGCACAAGUUGAGGAAACUAAGAAGGCCAUUAAAGCGCAAUUCGAAGGAUUCACACAAGUAUUGGCAAAACUUCCACAAGAAGCCGGUGAUCAGAAGGAAGCAAAUGAUAUUUCUAGCUUGGUUCGUCGUCCAGCAAAACGAGCAGUGGAUGCUCCAACUGACAAUCAAGCAGUGAAGAAAGAAAAGGAGGAGGAAGGAACAACUUCGAUCUGAAUAUUGAUAACCUGUAAUUCUAAAUAUUUCAUCAUGAUCUGACCUACUGAACUACUGAUAAUGUAUCAAUUAACAUUUUAUCUGUUAUCCGAAUUUAAGGAUUCUAAAGUAAAACUUGUUCUGUAUAU